AGCGAUUCCGGCGUGACACAGCAGCCGCCUCUCAGCUCGGCUCUGGUGGUGACGAGCGGCCCAUGUGGAGUGUCACCGAGCGGGCCACACACCGGCACGUCACGGAGCUUUAACCCAACACCUGUCGCACCUGAAUGUUUGUGUAACUUCGGUUUCCAAGAUGCUGCUGGAGGCGCUAGAAGAGGACGUGACGGUCGUCUAUAAAACCGUCGCCGCGUCGGUGCAGGUGCAGGUGGAGCCCGUCGGUCGGUGGUUCGAGGCCUUUUUGAAGAGGAGGAACAGGAACGUGUCGACCUCCUUCCAGGAGCUGGAGGAAGAGGAGGAGCUGUCAGAGGAAUCGGAGGAUGAAGAGUUUCAGCUGGAGGAGUAUCCGAUGCUCCGAACCCUCGACCCCAAAGACUGGAAGAAUCAAGAUCACUACGCUGUGCUCGGGCUUGCCCACCUGAGGUACAAGUCCACACAGAAACAAAUCAAAGCCGCCCACAAAUCGAUAGUGUUGAAGCACCACCCUGACAAAAGGAAAGCUGCAGGAGAGCAGAUUGUAGAGGGAGACAAUGACUACUUCACCUGUAUAACUAAAGCUAUAGAAAUCCUGUCGGACCCCGUGAAGAGAAGAGCCUUCGACAGCGUAGACCCCACCUUCGACAACGCCGUGCCUUCAAAGAGCGAGGCCAAGGAGAACUUUUUCGAGGUGUUCAGUCCCGUUUUCGAGCGGAACGCCAGAUGGUCUUCCAAAAAGCACGUGCCCAAAAUAGGAACGCUGGAAUCGUCUUUUGAAGAAGUGGAUAAUUUUUACUCUUUUUGGUACAACUUUGAUUCAUGGAGGGAAUUCUCAUACUUGGACGAAGAGGAGAAGGAAAAGGCUGAAUGUCGGGAUGAGAGGAGGUGGAUUGAAAAGCAGAAUCGUGCUUCCAGAGCUCAGAGGAAGAAGGAGGAGAUGAACAGAAUACGAACACUAGUUGACACUGCCUACAGCUGUGACCCUAGAAUAAAGAAAUUCAAAGAGGAGGAGAAGGCCAGGAAGGAGUCCGAGAAGAAAGCCAAAGCCGAUGCCAAGAAGAGAGAGCAGGAGGAGAAGGAGCGUGCCCGGCAGGCGGAGCUGGAGGCGGCUCGGUUGGCGAAGGAGAAGGAGGAAGAGGAGGCCAAGCAGGCGGCACAGCAGGCCAAGAAGGAGAAGGAGAUCCAGAAGAAGGCCAUCAAGAAGGAGAGGCAGAAACUCAGGACUACCUGCAAGAACUGGAAUUACUUUGCCGACAAUGAGGCCGACAGCAUAAAAAUGAUGGAGGAGGUGGAGAAGCUCUGUGAUCGGCUGGAGCUUGUGAGCCUGCAGUCACUGAAUGAAGUGCUGGCCGCGGGUCACAAGGAGGAGAGCAAGGCAGCCGUGGAGAAACAGGUGCAGGAGGUGAACGCCCAGCUGCAGAGGGAGCGCGAGGCGGAGGUGCAGGCCCGGCAGGCGGCCCGCAGCGCCGAGCAGGCCAGCGGGGGAGGAGGAGGAGGCGGAGGGAAGGGCUGGAACGAAGACGACCUCCAGCUGCUGAUCAAAGCGGUCAACCUGUUUCCUGCGGGAACCAACGCCAGAUGGGAAGUUAUUGCCAACUACAUGAACUUGCACUCCACCAGCGGCAUCAAGCGGACAGCUAAAGACGUCAUCAACAAAGCCAAGAACCUGCAGCGGCUGGAUCCUCUACAGAAAGACGAGAUCAACAGAAAAGCCUUUGAGAAGUUCAAGAGGGAACACUCGGCCGUGCCGCCCACCGUCGACAACGCAGUGCCGUCAGAGAGAUUCGACAGCUCCGCUGAUUCCUCCGCGGCUCCCUGGACCACGGAGGAACAGAAACUUCUGGAACAAGCGCUGAAGACGUAUCCCGUCAGCACGCCUGAGCGGUGGGAGAAGAUCGCCGCUGCCGUCCCCGGCCGAAGCAAGAAAGAUUGUAUGAAGAGGUACAAGGAACUGGUGGAGAUGGUCAAAGCCAAGAAAGCUGCCCAGGAGCAAGUGGCAGCGAAGAGUAAAAAAUGACAAGAGCCACAAAAAAAGAUAGUCUCUGUGUUAUUUUAACAUUAUUGUGUUGGUCUUUAUUUUAUAAUAAAAAUUAAAGGAGGAAAAAAAACACACCACA